AUGAAGACGCAGAACAUCAGGACCCUCUCUCUCAUCCUCUCCAUUGUUUUCUACCUGCUCCUGGGAGCCGCCGUCUUUGACGCGCUGGAGUCGGACAGUGAGUGUUCUCGGAAGAAGGCGCUGGAGCAGAAGCUGGACGAGCUGAAGAAGAAGUACGGCUUCACCGCGGAUGAAUACAGAGACAUUGAGAGAGUGGUCAUCCAGUCGGAGCCGCACCGCGCCGGGAGGCAGUGGAAGUUCGCCGGCUCUUUUUAUUUUGCCAUCACUGUUAUCACCACUAUUGGUUACGGCCACGCUGCUCCACGCACUGACGCUGGAAAGGCCUUCUGUAUGUUUUACGCUGUCUUGGGCAUUCCUCUGACACUGGUCAUGUUCCAGAGCCUGGGCGAGAGGAUCAACACGUUUGUCCGCUUCCUCCUGCACAGAGCCAAGCAGGGCCUGGGCCUACGGAAGACGGAGGUGUCCAUGGGGAACAUGGUGCUGGUGGGUCUGCUCUCGUGCAUGAGCACCCUGUGUGUCGGAGCUGCAGCCUUCUCCUACUUUGAGGACUGGACCUUCUUUAAUGCCUACUACUACAGCUUCAUCACGCUCACCACCAUUGGAUUUGGGGAUUUUGUAGCCCUGCAGAAGACAGAUGCUCUCCAGAAGCGACGCCCCUAUGUGGCCUUUAGCUUUAUGUACAUUUUGGUUGGGCUAACAGUCAUUGGGGCUUUUCUUAACCUGGUGGUGCUCAGGUUUCUCACUGUAAGCACUGGGGAGCCCGACGUGAGGCCUGAGGCAGGGGUGGAGGAGCAGGGAACGCAGCCUAAGGACACGCAGGGGGAUAGAGAGGUGUUGGAGGCAGAAGCAGGAACUGCUGAUCUCUCUGAACCCAGCAGACUCAGGGCCUUGCUGUCCUGCAUGUGCUGCGGCCUGGAGAUUUACCACAGCCCGUCUCCACCCCAUCGUGACGAGGUUGGCGGUCACAGCAACCCUGUCUUUUACAACUCCAUCUCCUACAGAGUGGACCAGGCCUCGUGCAGCUCCUGCACCUUGUCCUCACAGGCUUCCCCCAGCAGCGUAGCUCUCGGUCUGGGCAAGAACAAUCCUCACACCAGGAGGAAGUCAUUAUAA